CUGAGGGGGGAAAAAAAACAAAACACUGGACUUGUGUCGCAGAUACGUUUGUGGUUUGUUUCCGUGAACUCAGACUGACCAUCAGCUGUCCUCAGUAAGGACAACGUUUUAAUCCGAUACGGUGACACUCGGGUUUCUCUUUCUGUCCCGGUUGGUAGCGUUGUAAUCUGUGCAAUUACAGGAAACUGACGCCAUGUCUCUUUCAAAUUAAUUAUUUAAAUGUUUUAAGCCUCUGGGUUACUCUAAAGCUGGUUGAUGACAUUUGCCUCCAUCCUGUGGGCAGCGAUGAACUUCUCAGUAAAUCAGUGUGAAUUUUUAAAUGAGUAGCACUAAUGGAGCUGCAGUUAUGUGGAAAAAAUGUUCUUUUUUCCUUUUUCUGGGUGGAAGUAAGGCUACAUUUCAGGAACGGUUCGAUGUUUGCUCAUGGAGAAUUUGUUGAAAUGACAGUGUUAUCGUGCCCUUGCAACAAAUUCUCUGGGUUUCUACAUGUAUUUCUCGGAGGGACUACAAGAGGGUAACCAUGCCUUUCAGCAGGAGUGAGGUCACUCAGAUCCCAGCAAGAUGCCUGGCUUUGGCUGCAAUAUGCUGGCCGCGAUGUUCCUGCUCCCUCUCCUCCUGAACGCUGUGCUGGGCUUUAAACUGUGCCCCAGCACCUGCUUGUGCUAUGAAUCUUCAGACCUGGUGGACUGCAGGUCUCGUGGGUUGACCCGGGUCCCAUCCAGCAUCUCCCACGGCACCUGGCUGCUGGAUCUAAGUGGGAACAAGGUGACAGAGGUGCACACCAGGUCUUUCAUAGGACUGUGGUCACUCAAGAUCCUCCUCAUGUCCAACAACAGCAUCCAUAUUCUGCAUCCACAGUCUCUGUCAUCCCUGCAGUUUCUGGAGAAGUUGGAUUUGAGUUUUAACCGGCUGCGGUGGCUCCCUCAGGACUUCUCUCAGGGCCUAUACUCCCUCCAGGAGCUCCGGCUGAGCCACAACCUGCUGCAGCACUUAGACUCCAAAUCACUGGAAGACUGUGGCAACUUGAAGAAACUGGACCUUAGUUACAACCACAUCCGAGGCCUGGACAUCAAGGCGUUGAGCAGCCUGUCUCGACUGAGCUUUCUCAACUUGGAGAGAAACAGUCUGAACGUUCUUAAAGAUGGCCAGUUGAACAGGCAGCAAACCUUGGAGGUCCUGCUGCUCAACUACAACAACAUCUCAAAGAUUGAGGCCGAAUCUCUGGCUCCCUUGCGAAGGCUGUCUCUGCUAGGCCUCAGGGGAAACCAGCUAGAGCACAUCAGGUUCAAGACCUUCCUGAAGCUCCAGACAACCAGCACCUACCUUCAGAUGUCCCUCAACCCCUGGAUCUGUGACUGUGAGCUGCAGCGCAUCUUUGGCAAGAUCAACCACGUGCGACAUCUGCACGUAGAGGACUACAAGGACAUCAUCUGUCAUGCUCCCGCUCAGCUAGCCGGAAGCCUCCUGGCUUCAAUGGACAGCCAGCUGUGUAUAGCUGAGACUGCCUCAGUGCUCGUCAUCACCAUCACCGUGAUGCUCGCUGUGAUUGGUGCUCUGGUAAAAGCGGAGCGCAACCGUAAGAACAAACAAGCAUCAAGUGAAGCAGAGUCCCAGGGACAAGAAAAGUGAUACUUUUUACUCAUUAACAGGAACUCCAGGACUAAUAUGUGACCUGAUUCUGGAUGUUGAGCAGCAGACAAGUACAAAUGAUCACAUUUCAUUCUGUUUCAAUGCUCUUUAAAACUUUUUAUACUUAUAAGUCAGGCACUGUAGGAAAAAGGAGACAAAUCAAAGUGGAAAUGGCUCAUGUAGUAGCAUAGUAAACAAUCCAAAUUUACCCAUAUGUUCUGGGUAACAUGAACAUUAUAAUUUUCAUCUUGUAUACUUGCCUAAAGAAAUGAGAAGCGAUCUGGUUGGUCUGGUUUCAUAUGAAUACUGUAUGAAGAAAUCUUUAUUUUAGCAAUGGUGGCCAAACCGAUUGCAAAAGUUAAUAGUAAACCAGAAAAAACAGACUGACCAGUCUGGCAGGUUGGGAGUGGUUCAGUGAGAUUAGUAAAAACAUAAAACCAACAUAUGACUUAAAUUUUUUAGACUUAAUGGAAAGAAUGAAAGCUCAAAGGUGCAUCUUCUUUAGCUAAGUAUAAAAACACAUGCAGGAAUUAUAGAUGUCAAACACUGAUUCAGGUGUUGAGCUACAUGUUGGUUCAGACACUGACACAAGCCACACAUUAAAUAUAAAACCUCAGAAAAGGCUUUAUGCAUAUUUAAUCACUCAUCCUGGUAAUUAUGCCUCCUAAACACACUGCAAAGUCUUGGACAUGAAGGAUCUGUUACAUUCAGCCCUUCUUCCUGUGCAACAUUGUUAACUGAAUGUUGAGCUGAAGUGGACACAUCAAAGAAAACAAACUGCAACUUUCAGUAAAAUUAAGUGACUUGAAAUAACUUGAAUAUUCACAUAACUAAACAGUUAUUUCACAUAAAUUGUGAGUGUUAUUUAUACAAAGAAAAGCAGUUAAAAAGUAUUACAGCUGUAGACAUAUAAAA